AUGCGCUGCGGUGCAGCCCAGCCUGCCGCACACGCCGCGCCCACACCGCCCGCCGCCCACACGCACCGCGGGUUGGACGCCUCCCCCAGUCAGUCAGGGCCGCGGCCGCGCCCCGCCGCCGGCGCCUGCGGCCCGCACCGCCCGCCCCGUUGGUGGAAGGAGGCGCCGCUCAAGGCCGGGGCGGACCCGCCGCCGCCGCCAUUGGAGGCCCGGCCUUGCCACUCAGCGCCGCCGGGGCGUGGGCGGCGGCGGCGCUUGGGCCGGGGGGAGCAGCGAGGCCGGGAGCGGGGUAGGCUGCGCCCGUACUUAAGCGGGCUGCCCGAGCCGCUGACGUCUUUCGAAUUGGAGACGGGCUGCCCCCCUCCCGCCUCGGGGCUCCCGCGGACACGGCCGGCGACGGAGGUACAAGUGUCUGUCUAGAAUGUCCAGGAAUGCACGGCAGCUUAGAGACCAGGACAUAAAUCCAUGUCUAGCGCAUUCUUUCAUCUGAGAAGCUGCCUCCUAUCUCCUUUAGAUAUUCUGGGACUUGUUGGUAUUUUUAUGCACUGAGUGCAGUAACUUCCUUCAGCUCUGAAGUGUGUUUUCCCUAUUAAAGGAAACAGAUGCCUCUAGGAAAUGUAUGGAUGACAACAACUAUGACAAGGAUAUGUGCACUGCUUAUUUUCUGAAGUACAAAAACUGCAGAAAAUUCUGG